AUGGGCGAGCCCAUUAAGGCGCCAAGCCAGACGCAGCAGCAUCAGCAGCAGCAUCAGCAGCAACAGCAGCAACAGCAGCGAGGACAGCAUCAACAGCAUCGCAGGCUGCAGCAGCAGCAGAGACUGCAGCAGCAUUACUCGCAGGAUGCAUGCAUCCUGCAGCAUCAGCAUCUGCAGCAGCAAUUAGGACCGUCAAUUCAUCAGCAGCAGCUGCUACCUCAGCAGCAGCUGCUAUUGCAGCAACAGCAACAGCAGCAACAGCAGCAACAGCAGCAACAUUUGCUGCAUGAGGAAUGUGUUCACAGCAGGAGACAUUGCUGGGAAUCCGAUCCUUCUGCUGCGGCUGCUGCCGCUGCUGCUGCUGCUGCUGGUGCUGCAGCACCAACAGCAGCAGCAGCAGCAGCAGCAGCAGCAGCAAAUGAUCCAUGGCAGGGGUACAAUGAUACCCACCCUUUAGUGCAGCAGCUGCUGGAGUACCAGAGGCAGCAAGAGCUGCUGCUGCAGCAGCAGCAUCUGCAGCAGCUGCAGCGUCUUGAUCAGCUGCUGCACCCGGGACCAUCAUGGCCUUACCAGAAGCAGCAGCAGCAGCAGCAGCAUGAGCUGCAGCAGCAGCAGCAGCGUGCGGUUUUCUCCAGCAGCAGAGAUCAUAUGCACCAUCAACAGCACAUGAGCAUGCAGCAGCAGCAGCAACAGCAGCAGCAGCAGCGACAGCAGCAGGAUCUGUUGUUGCCACCAGCUCGUCAGCAGCCGCAGCAACAACAACAGCAGCAGCAGCAGCAAUCGUUGCUGCUGCCUGGCCCGCAGCUAGAAGGGAGACGCUUGCUGCUGCCUGCUGCAGGUCUAAGAGAGAGGAGGAGACUUAGUGGCUCUCCCUUGAGUCCCUUGCUGCCUACACCGCUGCCUCCGCCGCUGCAGCAACAGCAGCAGCAGCAGCAUCUGCAGCAGCAGCAACAGCAGCAUCAUCAUCACCACCACCAGCAGCAACAGCAGCAACAGCAGCAGCAACAGCAGCAGCAGCAGCAGCAGAGGCGGACGUACAGCAGGAGACCCCACAUAGAUAGAAUAUCUGAGCUAAGAUAUCUACAUAAGCAGCUAAGUCCUGAGGAAUCAGCAGCAAGCAGCAGCAGCAACUCUCUGCUGCUGCUGCAGCAGCAACAGCAACAGCAGCAGCAGAAGCAGCAGCAGAAGCAGCAGCAGCAGCAGCCGCUACAGAAGCAACAUAGUAAUAAACAACACCUACAAAGAAAUGGCAAAGAAAAUGCAGCCCCUAAACAGCAGCAGCAGCAGCAACAGCAGCAACAGCAGCAACAGCAACAGCUGCACAAGCAAACGCAUCAUGAUAAACAUAACCAGCAGCAACAGCAACAGCAGCAGCAACAGCAGCAGCAACAGCAGCAGCAACAGCAGCAGCAACAGCAGCAGCAGCAGCAUAGAACACAACAGGACUUAAAUCCUCAGCAGCAACAACCGGCCACCAAGCAACCCCACCACCACCACCAGCAGCAGCAACAGAAGCAACAGCAGCAACAGCAGCAACAGCAGCAGGAGCAGGAGCAGCAGCAGCAGCAGCAGGAAGAUAAGCCAGUGUUAACAACACGUAUACAUUUAUCUAAGGAGGAGGAAGCAGCAAUAUCUUUGCUGCUGCAGCAAAGAAUAAAAAGAAUAAGAAUUGAGCAGCAAGUGCUGCGCAUAAUAAGAGAUAUACAAUGCAGGAAAGGAAAGAUUAAUUAUAAACAGCAAGAGUUGCUGCAGCAGCUGCUGCUGCUGCAGCAGGUCCUGCUGCAGCAGCAAGCACAUAUGUGGGAUACUGCUAUCAUCAUGAAAGCUGCUGCUAAUAGCAGCAGCAACAGCAGCAACAGCAACAACAGCAACAGCAGCAGCAGCAGCAGCAGCAGCAAUGGUAAUGGUAAUGGUAACAACAGCAACAGCAGCAGCAGCAAUGACAAUGGAGGUAACAGCAGUAAAGGAGAAGAAACGCAGCAGCAGCAACAGCAGCAACAGCAGCAGCAGCAGCAGCAGCAGGAGGAAGAGAAGGAGAAGGAGCAGCAAGAGGAGCUGCUGCAUGCAUUUGAAUUAGAGGUAAAGAAUAGUAUAAGUAGUAUAAGACAGCAGCAGGAGAAUCAUCAUGAGUUGCUGCUGCAGAUGCAGCAGCAAGUAGCAGCAAGUCGUGCACAUGUGCUGCAUGCAGCAGCAGCGCAGCAAAAGUUGCGGCAGCGGCUGCAGCAGCUAAAUGUUGAAUUUAGUAGGUUAUCCUUUGGUUACCCAGAGGAUGCAGCAGCAGCAGCAGCAGCAGCAGAAGCAGCAGCAGCAGCAGAGCGUCAACAACAACAGCAACAGGUGUUGCUACAACAACAACAACAGGUGCAGCAGCAGCAGCAAGUACUGCAGCAACUGCAGCAAAUCAGGCAGCAAAUGCAGCAAGAUGUUGUUGCUGCUAGGCAUAUUAGCUGCUGCCUGCAGAUAGAGGCAGCAGCAUUAUUAGAUAAAUUCAAGAGAGCAAAAAGGAAUAAUAUAUUAAGCAGCAGCAGCAGCAGCAGCAGCAGCAGCAGCAGCAAUAUGUUGCAGCAGCAGCAGCAGCAGCAACAGCAACUGCAGCAACAGCAGCAGCAGAUGCACAUCCAGAUGCAGCAGCAGCAGCAGUUGCAACUGCAGCAAAUACAACAGCAGCUACAAUAG